AUGCCCAACUGGAGAGACGAGUACCUCUCUUCCCUCAGGGAAUCAGAGCUCAACAAUCCCGUCAACAUGGAGCUCGUCCAGGCUUGUUCACAAAUGGCAGACCGUAUUUCAUCCCUCGAAGCAGAAAAGCUGGCUCUAGAAUCCCUCGCCGUCGGUCAAGGCAACAACAACAACAACCGGUCAAAGUCGCCAUCCCUUCAGCCCGGCGAGGCAGCACCCAAUGACCCCGGCGUCGCUCAACUGCGUCUUGAACUGGCCGAGGCAUUACGCUCGCGAGGCGUGGCGGAGACGCGACUGCGAACUGCAGAAGAGGAGUUGGACAAGCUGCGUUCCAAGACGAAGCAGGAUACUCGAUCUCUCAAGGAUCUCACUACAGAAAGGACGUCUCUUGCUACUAAAGUGAAUGACCGGGAGUACGAGCUCAAGGAAAAGAGGAAGCUAGUUGAGCAAGUCCAGGACGAGAUGAUUGCGCUUAAUCUGCAGCUCUCCAUGGCUGAGAAAGAGAGGGAUCGGGUCAAGCAAGAGAACAAGGAGCUCAUCGACAGAUGGAUGAAGAGAAUGGCCCAAGAGGCAGAUGCUAUGAAUCUCGCAAACGAACCAACACUGGGAAGGGGGCGGUAG